AAAUAAAAUGGAAGACAUUGACAGAAAGUUUUUUGGAACCGUAGAUUAUGUUAUUUUUGCUUGCACUCUAUUGUUGUCCAGCAUUAUUGGAAUUUACUUUGCAUACAUCCAUCGUAAAAAUGUUACUUCUGUGGAAUAUCUGAUAGCAAAUAAAUCUGUUUCCUGGCUUCCAAUUUUUAUCUCUAUGGUGGCAUCCUUCUUCUCAGCAGUUGGUGUAAUGGGUUUACCUGCCAAAAUGUACACGACUGGCAUAACGUUUGGUUUUCAAGUGUUUUCAUUUCUUUUACCAAUAUCUCUAUGUGCGGAAAUUUUUGGACCUAUUUUUCGAAAAUUGGAACUUGUGAGUGUGAAUGAGUAUUUAGAGCUACGAUACUCUUUGCCUGUACGUUACCUGGGAUGUUUUUACUUUUACCUGCAAUAUCUUUUGUACUUGAGUAUUGUUUUGUAUGCUCCAAGUCUUGCGUUAAAUUCAGUUGCAGAUGUUUCCCUUCCGUUGACAAUUAUUUCCACUGGACUGGUUUGUACAUUCUAUACUUCAUUGGGUGGAAUGAGAGCUGUGGUGUGGACAGAUGUUUUUCAAUCUGGGGUUAUGAUUCUUGGACUAGUGGUAACGGCUGUUAUCGGUGUCAUGGAACUGGGUUCCUUUAGUAAGAUAUUUGAAGUCGGAAACGACUUUAAAAGAUUUGAUGUGAGUUUUACCUUGGAUCCAGCAGAACAACAUUCUUUUUGGGGUGUGGUGAUAGGAUUAUCAUUUUCCCUUAUGUGUACAUGGACCGUUAGUCAGCCAACAAUACAGCGUGUUGUAGCAGCUAAAAGUUUAAAAGAGUCAAAGAGAGCUUUGUACGCAUCGUUUGUUGGAGUUCUUAUCAUCAUGUCUUUUGUUACAUUGGACACAUUCGUUGCUUUUGCUAUGUACGCUAAUUGUGAUUUGGUAAAAAGUGGUAGAAUAAAGAAGUAUGAUGAGGUCCUCCCAUAUCUUGUUAUUGAUAAACUUGGACAUCUCACUGGUCUACCUGGAUUGUUUACUGCAUGCUUGUUCAGUUUUGCGCUUAGCACAAUAUCUUCUGGUUUAAAUGCUAUGUCUGCAUUAUUUCUCGAGGAUGUUCUAAAGAAACAGAGACCAGAUUUGCCUGAAGUAUGGCACACAAGGCUGUCUAAACUUGCAGCCGUGUUUGGUGGAAUAUUUAUAACAUGCUUUGCAUUCGUUGUACCUAAACUUGGAAAUUAUGUAAUAAAGCUUUCCCUUCAAUUGUUUGGAAUCAUUGGUGGUCCUUAUUUCUCCAUGUUUGCGUUGGGUGUUUUUACAAAAAGAGCCAAUAGUGCUGGUGCAUUUUUGGGUUCUCUGACUGGAUUCUUUGUUGGAAUAAUGUUUUCAGUUGGCCAAAUGGUGUAUCCACCUGAAAGGAACCUUCCACCUAUUUCAAUAAAAGAAUGCACCUUUUUUAAUGCAACGACAUAUAACACCAGUGGAAUUAUUUAUCCAUCAGAUCCCGUGCAUCGUGAGCCAUUUGCUAAAUUUGUGUCUGUCUCGUAUGUUUGGCAUGGAAUGAUUGCAAUUCUGACAAGUUGUUUAGUCGGCUAUCUUGUUAGCCUUUGUACAUCAAAACGUAGUGAUGUAAUUAAGCGCGACAGUCGUCUUUUGUACGACUAUGGUGAAAAUUGGUUCAUAAAAAGGUUAAGAAAACAAAAGAAUAAAGAAAAAAAGGACAACAAUGUGCUACUAAUGAGCGAUAUGUAACUAACACGAUUAAACUCAUCAUCAGACAAAUCAUAACCCGUUGUGUUUAUGUUGGUAUCUCUUCAAAUGUCUCACUAUCAAUAUUUACAUUAACAGCGAAGAUAGUAAGGGUCUCGUGACAGUUAUAUUUAAUGCAUGUGGUUUUUAUUUAUUUUAAUUAAUUGCACUAACUGGUAAGUCAUAAAUUUUGCAUAAAUUACUUGCAGUGGAAGUUACCCUUGUAUUAGGAACAUUUGAAAUGAUAGAAAAGUUCCUUAAAUAUACUGGAUGUCCAUGAUUUAUUCAAUACAAGUACUUACCUUGCUUUUAACUCAAACUUUCUAAUAAAUUAAACUUUGGCCUUUUGGAACUGCUAGCUACUGAUAUCCUUCGAAAUUUACAUAAAAAAUGUAAGUUUUUUUUACAAAGCCAGUGUGAUCAACAAAUUUUUUCAGAGGUAUUAAUUACCUUCUUAAAGCUAGUAACAUAGCAUUUUUUUUUUACCAAAUACAGCUCCUCGUGUUGUCUCUGUUCCCUUGUCAAAACAAACUUGUGAUUUACUAAUAGUUAAUAUAUUUUACAGACCGUAUCUAGUUUAACCGCCAAAAAGAAUACCGAAAAAGAUUUUUUUUUCUUUUUUAGAAAAUAAAAAUAAAAAAGGAGCAAAUUCAUCAUAAAAAUUUAAUUAUUCAUAAUCAGGUGUCUACAAGUCUAUAUGGUUCUAAAUUGUGUAUAAUUUCUUGCAUCUUAAACUUUUGAGUGGACCGUUUAUUAUUUGUGAAUUUGUGAGAAUUAAGCUUAUUGAAUGGCUUCGUAGCCCCUUUAAUCACUAAUGUAUAUUUUUGUUGCUUAGAUAGAUUAUUAAAAAAAUUUAUAUGGGUGCACAAUAUUUUUGUGGUAGAGUGGAAUAUUUUUAGAUUGUAUAUUUUUACAAUUUUUAUUUUUGUAAACAAAGCAUUUAGAGUGUUUUUGGAAUGUAGUCGGGCGUAGACGAAAAUAACAAAACUGCAAAAAAUGUUUUAAAGAUUCUACGUCAUCCUCAUAAAGGGUUAUACUUUAAAAUAAGUUAAAGCUCACCUCCAACUCCCAUAUAACUUAGUCUUAAUAUGUUAUUAUCUUAUUGAUAACAUGCAAAAAAGUAUUUGUUUCGAAAAUAUGUAUUGCCUAAAACGCAAGCUUCGCCGUAAAACUUGUGUUUUUUUCCCACCUAGGUCACUUUUUCUGCGUCAUGAUGAAAUGGUUUUUUGUUCAAACUUAUUUCGUUGCUCAGGAGUGAGUAACUUAUAUGAAAGGACUAAACAAGUUUUUACAGCCGCUAUAUCCCCGUUUAGGUUUCCAGCAACUUUAUUUCGGUUGGAGCAUUAACUUUAACCUUAAAACUUGAAAUUUUAUCACCUUUGUCGAUAUAUCCAUAAAAGUUCCAUUUAAAAUUUGGAUCAUUUUGCUGACGAGCAACGUAAUGACGUUAACAUUACUCGAUAUUUGCAGCUUCACGUGGAAGCUUCUAUUCAGGACAACAAUCGGAUUUCAUAACAACUAGCUCGUUUAAUCUCUUUGUACUUUCUUAAAAAAGGUCAGGCAAAAAGAAAUUUUUUCUUUGUUGUAUAAGUGUUCUGAGAAUAAGUUAUUAUAAAUUGGGAGGUAAGGGCGGUUUAUAUGGAGGCGGUGUAACGCCACAAGCAAGCAGGUUCAAUCUCUAUACCUUUGGGUUGUUUUAAUUUUUUGUUUCAAAAAAGAAAAUAUGUCCCGGUAGUCUCGCAAUGUGAAAUCAAGACAAAUGAUCAAAUGCAUAAAGAGACCACUGCGUAGCUUAAUUAGGUUCAUAGGUUAUCAGUAAGAAGUAACUAAUUUUCCGAAGCAAUGGCUAUUAUGUUUUAUCAAUAUAAUAUUUUACUACAUUAAACUUUUUUUCAACAAUUUUUAAAUUCCUUUUUAUGUAUCUGACUUUUAGUUUCUCUUAAAAUUAUUUGAAAAAAUAUAACAAUGUGCGUUGAGUUCAUAAGUGUAUAUUUAUUGCCAUUAUUUAUUGCAACCAUUUUAGAAAAUAAUAAUAAAAUCGUAGCCUGGGACAAAAUUUAAUUUCAGAUAAACUUAUUUUCGUUCGCAUUUUUUUGGGGGUAUUUUGGCUGACCAAUGACUGAAAGGAAAACACGCACCUGAAAGUUGUCAAAGUUUAUUUCACAUUGUUCAUAAAGGAAUUGUACAAAUCCAAGUAUAUUUUAGGUUAUUUAGUUAGACCUAAAACUGUACUAUUUUCGAUGACGUCGUUGUGCCCGGUUUUUCGGAUCUUUUCAGGUCAUGGAGCGCAUUGUUGCAUAAUGCAGGCUUUGUGGAAAGUAUCGCUGGCAACAAUUUUGAUGUGCAUUCAUGAAACAAAUUUGAUUGCGAUUUUUCCCAAAAUUUUAAAUAUUCAUGGGUUUUCGCUGAAAAUUUUUCGUUGGCGACAUUGGGCAAUGCAAAAUGGGAACCUUUGACUUCUAUUCUAAUAUCUGAAAGUUGUGUUAACGAGUUAUGGCUAAUAGGCAGCAUUCAGCCUUUGCUGCAAUACUGAUCAGUUUACUUCCUCUUCUUUACUGCCUCUUGAGGUUAAUCAACGUAAUGCGUAUCACAGCUUAGUAACAAAUCAAAAAUCAAGUAUAAUAAAUUUCUCAAAAAUUAUCCUGUUACUUACCUUUUUUCACUUGAUUAUCGAAUAAAGAUAUUCUAUAAUUUUGUAAAAAAUGUUACAAAACUUACUUUAGGGAUUCUUUAACUUUUGCCUACUUUUGCGAAACUUAUUUUUGCAAAUAGUUUAAGUAGCAAAAAUUUAUUCCGUGAAGAUAAGUAUCAAUUUGUGAACUUUAUAAACAAUUUUGUCCAACAUUUUUUUCAUGAACAUCUUGCUGGCUAUAGCAAACGCUGUCUACAUAAUGGUGAGACCAAUAUGUUGGCCAACAUAACGGCUCGGCUUUUGUCUAUUCCUUGACAGAGUUCCCAGAUCAGAUCCUAAGCGCUACAAGAAAAUCUCUUAACCAUGUACAAAGUAACAAUGUUGACAUUCCGUCAAAGUAAGUAUGGUAGUGCGAUAUCGUGGUCAGAACAUAUAUUUAGUGCCCGUUUUUUUAACAAAAACUCAGAAAAGAAAUCCGCAAAAUUGUUCACGCGCGGUGUCUAUGUCUUAGGAGCGUUUAUUACUAAUGUUGACUUUUGCUAAACAGAGUUUUUUUACAACCAAGCAAAACUCGUUUCGUUUUGUGUCAGUUUUGAAUCACACUUUUAUUUUUAAAUUAUUGUCAGAUAUAUAGUUAUAGAAGUACCCUGUUUUCCAUUUUGCGUUCAUUCAUGUUAAGUAAAUGCGUAACGCCUUAUAAAAACGCCAACGAGUCAUUAAUUUGGAUCAGCUAAAAAUCAAAAUCCUUAACACAUUUGUACCAAAAUCAGCAUUUUGACAAAAAUUUCUGACUAACCUCUUUUUUGUCCGAUGUUUUCAAAACAGAGGACAAAAAAUUUAUUUAUACAAAAUUAUACAUUAAUCCUUGCGCAAGGUGGUAAUAUUCUCCAUAUUGUCCUCAUUUUAAAAAUUCCACAAUAUCAAACUACAGGCAGUUUUUGCUUUUUCCUUCUUCUUUUCAUUCACUUUAUGAAAGUCUGCAACAGCAUUUUUUGUGCGAUGUUAUUACAAGUAUUUAAUCAACAAAGAUAAUUAAAUCGGCAGUAGAUUUAACAUCUACUUACAAUUACGCGCUAAAUAUUCUAUAUUACUAAGUCUAAGGUCGGAAAUUAGCGCAAAUAAAUGCGCGAGUUAAUCCUAAAUGGAAAUCAAUCUUAAACAUAUUUUACACUUAUUUCACCUUCAAAUAAAUAUGGCGAUUAUUUAGAAGGCACGUUUAUUUAAAUUGACUAGGUUUUAGCCCAGGCGUUUAUUUAAAUCAAAGAAAUUAGGUGACAAUAACUUUACAUGGGUGCAAUUUAUUGAAGCUAUUUUUUCUAUAUAACAUUCUUAUUGAACGAAAACGAAAAAAUGUAAAGCAAAGUGUGAAAUAUUUUUGAAUUUUUUAUCGAAUAUUUUAAAAAUGGUUCGAUUUUAUAAAAAUGCCGCCGCAACUGUAACGGGACAUGUUGUCGCGGAAAGAUAAACGCAAAAAAAAUAAAAUUUACGUGAUUAACAGACUGAAAUCAAAUGUUCAUGCUUUAUUUACGUAACUUAUAAUACUUGUCUAUAAAACAUAUUGGUCUUAUUUUGUUUCUAUUCUUUUACCCUUUUUCCUUUUGAUAUUGUUCUAUUCUUUAUUUACUCACUUCUUGCUCAGCUGUUUUACCUGCUAGUUGAUUCGCUUCUGAAGAAUUUGAGUCUAUCAAUUUUUACAAUAUAUUGGUUGUAGUAAAAGCGUGCAAAACAGUGAGGAAAUAUAAAUUUUUUAAAAAAAGCUUACUACUAGUUCUGAUGACGUCAUAAAGUAAAUCGUUAUCCAGCCGGAAACAACCCGGUUUUGGUGUUUAAAAAUUAGACAACACGUUAUUUGGUCCUCACGGGGUACUACCUAAUUUGUUUUAGUUGGUUACACAUUGUUCCCACGCCGCCAACUUUUUUUUACGCCAGCACCCUGACUAAUAACAUCAUUUUUU